CCACCUUUAUUUUUUAUAUUAGUUAUUGAAAAGUCUAAUUAUUGUGCCUAGCUUUUUCCAUGGUUCGUAACCACUCCCUUAUAUUUCUUGUACAAGCACUCCACCUCAAUCAGGUUGCAAGUCCUACUUUUGCUAGUUCGCGGUCGGAAGAAGCCAUAGCCAUCCAGGAAGAAGAAGCCAUAGCAAAAGCAGCUGAGGGGGGAUUAGAGAAGAACAGCAGCGCAUCAGAUAGGGAGAAUUGAAGCUGAUCUUUUGUAUCAUAUAUCUUUCCUGCAUGCUUCAUCAGUCCGACACUUGAGAGAGGUUCGAGAGAGAAGUUAUUAAGCUGCCUCCACACUGGUAGCAAGUGAUUGCAUGCAUGGGGGAUAGGACAUGGCAGCAGCCACAUGCGCAGGCUUCUUCCCCAGACGCAGGGACCAAGGUCCAAGCUUCAUCAUCGUCCGUCCAUGGCAACAUCAUUGCAGCAGAAAGGAGCCAGCUGGAGGCGGCGGAUACGACGACAUGGCCGAGUUCGAUCAAGCGCUCUUCCUCUAUCUUAACAGCAGCCAGGAUCAAGCAUCAGUUAUUCAAGAUCAACCUCAACUUUGUGCAGAAACUCUCAACAUCUUCCCUUCUGAACCAAUGCAUGUCGUCGAGCCUGCUGCACCAAAGGAAUCUAUGGGGGCUACGACUAACAACACGGCGUGGAACAACGCCGGCGCAGGCCCAUCCAAGCAGCCGCCAUCCAACCUUCCGUCGAGGACGACGGCGACUCCGGCAGGGCCGCGAAAGGACGGCAGCAAACCGCCGGCAGCCGUCAAGAGAGAAGGGAGCAGCAGCGGUGGCGCCAUGGGAAGCGGCACACCGUCGACGUCGAACCAACAGGAGGGCCCCACCAGGACCUCAGACGCCAAGACGCUGAGAAGGCUCGCGCAGAACAGGGAGGCGGCACGGAAAAGCAGGCUCAGAAAGAAGGCGUACAUUCAGAACCUAGAGACAAGCAGGGUUAGGCUGGCCCAUCUGGAACAAGAGGUACACAGAUCAAGAACUCAGGGAGCAGUAUUUGGUGGUGGAGGUCUAUCUGGUUCCAAUGGCGGACUGCUAAGCCCAGAGGCGGCAUGGUUCGACAUGGAGCACGCGAGGUGGCAGGAGGAGCACGGCAAGGUGAUGCGCCACCUGCGGGCGGCGCUGGAGGCGGAGUACGCCGCGACGGCGACGACGCCAGCGGCGGCGGCGGCGGACGCGCAGCUCCGGCAGCUGGUGGACGCGGCGGCGGCGCACCACGGUGCGCUGGCGGAGCUGAAGGCCGUGGCGGCGAGCGCCGACGCGUUCCACCUCGUGUCCGGGGCGUGGGUGUCCGCCGCCGAGCGCUGCUUCCUCUGGAUCGGCGGCUUCCGCCCUUCAGAGCUCAUCAAGAUAGCGGCCCGGCACGCGGAGCCCCUGACGGAGCAGCAGGCGAUGAGCGUCUGCGGUGUGCAGCAGUGGGCGAGGGACGCGGAGGCGGCGUUGGACCACGAGCUGCAAGCGAUGCACAGCUCCGUGUCGGAGGCCAUCUCCUCCGACGCGGCGGCGCUGCUCUACCCCUACUCCGACGUGCCCGGCUUCAUGGCCACCAUGUCCCUCGCCAUCAGCAAGCUCGCCUCCCUCGAAGCCUUCGUCAGACAAGCGGACGCGCUUAGGCUGCAGACGCUGCACCGGCUGCCGCAGAUCCUGACGGCGCGGCAGUCAGCGCGGUGCUUCCUCGCCAUCGCCGACUACUCCCACCGCCUCCGCGCGCUCAGCGAACUCUGGCACACCCGGCAAGGACAUGAGCGAGCGGCGAGCACCCAGGCGGCCAGGCCCAGCCAGACACCGCCCUACCAAAGUAGAGACGGUUUACUAUAGACGUUACAAAGUAGAGAUAGUUUCAAAGAUACAGAUAGAGGUGAUCACUGAUCAGGAAUUCUGAUGACCCAUGUAACUGUGGAGUAUAUAAACUAAAUAGUGGCUGAUCCAGCAGUAUCAAUAUGAAUAUAAAAUAGUACUAGGAAGGAAUAAUAACUGAAACUGCCAAAUUGCCUAGCUGAUUGACAUGCAUGUCAGACAAUCAGAAGAUGUAGCAUUCAAAUUGAUACAUGGUGACAAACAAAUAUUUUGCAGAACAAUUGCCAAAUAAUGGGGUGCUACA